AUGAACGAGGCAACACGAGAAGAGAACAAGAAAACAGGAACACGAACACAGACACAGACAACAGAAAUAAUACCACCUCGCACUGAGUACAAAUUGGUGACCCGCAACACAAUUGACCAAAACGAGCUGAAUCUAAACUUGUGCUCAGACACAAAUACUACUACAAGAGAAGUACGAAUACCAAAAGUGAGGCAAGCCUUGCACGAGGGCAAAAACACAAAGGAAACAAAGACAAACACCAAGCAAAACGAAAACAAAACCACCUUACAUUCACCUCAUCACGACAUUCCACACCAACCAAAGAGGAUUUACCAGAAGGAUCAAAAACGACUCUCGCUUCGGCCGAAGGUUUACGCGCUCACGUGA